UUCUUUUUCCCUUAUUUUUUCUAUUUCUUUCUUCUUCCUUCUUCUAUUUUUACCUCAUCUAUAUCAAUUCAAAUAUCUUUACAUACCAUGAGCACAGUUCCUAUUCCUAUGCAAGAGGCACCUAUACUGGAAAAGCUUAUUAGUAUACGGCAUAGACUAUCUGCACUGAAAAAAGAUAGAGAUAGUUAUCCCAAAGCUGAAGAUAUUAUCUCGUUAUAUCAACAAACUGAACAACAAGUCGAAUUACUAGCAACGUGUCGAUCAGGGGAUGUAUGGAGCUCAAAGAACCGCAAUCGUGUUAAUGAUGUCUUGGACGAUGUUAUGUCUUUAUUAUCUCUGUUUUUUAUGACUAUUGGAAGAAACCGUGAAUAUCCUGCAGUUUAUGCCCAACUGGUUACGGUUGAACGUUACUUGGAUCAACUCAAUCAAAUGGGAAUUUACACAGAUCGUGUGUUGGUGGAAAUUGAAGAACGUUUGGAAGAUAUUGGAAGUAUUAUAUAUGAAGAUCGAGAUCAACCUGAUGAUCACCCCACUUAUUUCCUUGAUCUAUUGAAAAAGAAAUACACUAAAAGCAAGGACGCAUUGGAUUCACUUUUAUCUACUAUCCGAAAAGUGUCACCAGAACUAAAACCUCUCCAAGACGAUCUUGUGGAACUACGACGACAAUUAGCCAUGGUAGCUCAAAGACCCUGUGGUUUUAAAGCAAGUGACAUUUAUCCAUUUCAAGAAAAGUUACGACAAAUUGACAAUUUGAAAUCAGAUUUAUUUCCAAAAGAUGGAUCAGUACCAAAUGGACAAGCUUUGAUUGUUGGAUUAUUGGAACAGCUUUAUGAAGAAACUCAUGAUUUGAUUGCGUCUACUGAUAAUAUUUCUGAUAGUUUGAAACCUAUUGCUGAUCGACUGAAGGAAAUAAAAGCUCAAUUAGAACGAUUAGCUUUGACACAUCGAUGGACUUUGCGGGAAACUGAUUUAUAUACAUUCCAAUUACAACUACAAGAAAUUGAAAAAUUACGACACAAUGGGAAAUUCCGUGAUCCACAAGCUGGAGAAGACAAUGUACCAGAUGGACAAGCAUUGAUCAACUUUUUAUUACGUGGCUGUUACCGUCUGAUUACAAAAAUGCUAAGCGAAAAUGUACCUGUCAGUGAAGCCAUUAUGCCUAUUCACAAUCAGCUCAGCACUGUACGUCGUUGUUUAUUGGAGGUAACAAAAUGGGGAAAACCGGACUCUGCUCGUGAUUUAUAUCCAUAUCAAUUAAAGUUGGCAAGUAUUGAUAAUAUGCGACAAAAUGGAAUCUUUUAUGAUGAUGAAGGCAAUAUCCCUGAAGGUCAAGCCAUAUGCAUAGCUUUGCUCAACGAAUGCUAUGAUAUACUUCAUGAUCUGAUGGCAGCUGUAGAUGAUGGUGAACGAACAACAUGAUGAUUCAUUUAUUAUAGUUUAUUUCAUUCAAUUCACCCUAAUUUGAACAACCAUCCUAUUCACUGUCCAUUAUUCAAAGUAGUUAGUUUAUUCAUUGCUUAGUUUUCUUGAUGACUACCCUCCUCUUUCUAUCUCUGCAUUUGAUAAUAACAAUAAAAAAUAAAAAUAAAUAAAAAAAAAGUCCAG